UACACACAAAAAUAAUAAUCAAGAAUUGUUAUAUGAGAGCUAUUUCUGAAAUAUUUUUAGUGAAUUUUUUCCCAUUUGUUAGAAAUAAUUUUUUUUCAAGAAAGCCUAUUUUUUUUUCUAUUAGAAAUAUUACUAUGUCUGAAUCAAAUCAAUAUGAUUCUUGUUUUGAUAGACCAAGAUUGGUGAUUAAGAAAGUUUUAGCUAAACCUCAAAGUGAAGGGAAUGGAGCUGUUGUUAGAAGAAGCAUUGGAAGGCAUGAAUUGAGGAAUCUUGAUCCUUUCCUUAUGUUGGAUGAAUUUUCAGUUUCUGCUCCUGCUGGUUUUCCUGAUCAUCCACACAGAGGUUUUGAGACAGUAACUUACAUGCUCCAGGGAGCUUUUACUCAUCAAGAUUUUUCUGGUCACAAGGGCACAAUCAAUACUGGUGAUGUGCAGUGGAUGACAGCAGGAAGAGGUAUAAUUCACUCAGAAAUGCCUGCAGGAGAAGGCAGUCAAAAGGGGUUGCAACUUUGGAUAAAUCUCUCUUCUAAGGACAAAAUGAUUGAGCCAAGGUAUCAAGAACUGCUGAAAGAAGACAUACCAAGAGCAGAGAACAAUGGUGUUGAAGUAAAAGUUAUAGCAGGUGAAGCGAUGGGUGUCCAAUCCCCGGUUUACACACGAACGCCUACAAUGUACCUCGAUUUCACCCUACAACCAACAGCUUACUAUCAUCAAGCCAUCCCCGAGUCUUGGAAUGCGUUUGUGUAUAUAGUUGAAGGAGAAGGAGUCUUCGGAAUUCCGAAUUCAGGUCCUGUAUCAGCUCACCAUUGUUUGGUUUUAGGCCCUGGAGAGGGACUUAGUGCAUGGAACAAGUCUUCAAAGCCAUUAAGAUUUGUUCUUUUAGGUGGACAACCUCUUAAUGAGCCUGUUGUUCAACAUGGUCCUUUUGUGAUGAACUCACAAGAUGAAAUUGAUCAAACUUUUGAGGAUUAUCAAUAUUGCAAGAAUGGUUUUGAGAAUGCUAGAUACUGGAGGUCAGGGCACUGAAGAAAUAGAGCUGAAACAAUAAUACAAGCUAUGUUGGUCGGAAUCUUUAAAAGUGCAUAUAGGUGAGUGUGCUGGAUCCUUCAAAAGUAGUGUAUUUUUUGGAGGAUUCGAUGUUGGUGUGGCAACAUUUUAGGAGAGUACGAGCAACAUAGACUAUUUGCCUGAAAAUGCACCUUUUUUAUGUUUCUUUUUUUCUUUUCAUAAAUAUAUCCCUAGUAAAGAAAUAAUGGCUAAGUUUAUCUUGAUUUAUCAUUUGAAAAUUGUUUAGGUUAUUGUUGUUUAUUCUUAUUUUCAAUGUGGGAUUUAAUAGCAUAUUUGGUCCCUUGGUUAUCGAAAAA